CGUGAAUUCGACAUAGGUCUGAGAACGGAAUGUCUUUUCGAGCAUGCCGCUUGCACGCAAGAUUGGGGUAUAUUUCUCUGUGGACAGUUACCUUCCAAUCCCUGGGCCUUCCUAUUUGCUCCUUCAGCUACCUUAUGGAGCAAUGGUCCUUACGUCGGCAAGCUGUGUCAUAUCAUUUCCUAAGAACACUUUUGCAUGUAGUGACUUUUCUGCACCAUUUCCUUCUACUGCGUGCUGGAGUACUACAUAUUGGGGGAGUCCGAGUGUGAGAUUCCACAACAGUUCGUAUUUUCCAACAACCGAAGACAAGAUGCCACUCUGGCUCCCUCACACCACACCGCCUGCUUAAGGUUGUGCUCGAUGUUCGGCUUGAAAUAUUGCGAGUUUACACAGCCGCGUACUUCGGAACCUCCGAACCGGCUAUUGCUGUGCCACACACUACUGUGUUCACUGCGCCACAGAUGCGACUAUCCCCGCAACGAGUGGGCCCGCGCGCCAACACGGCCUUCUUGGACAGCACAAGAACAGGAGGCUCUGGACGCGGCGCCAGAGCAGCCGAGGAUCCGACGCCGAGACGGACGCUUUCCGAGAAGCAGGGCCCGGGCAUUGAUAUUACGGACACGACCAACCGAUUCUAUAAAAAAAAGGUCAAUCGGAACCAGCAGCAGCAGCAGCAACAGCAGCUCGCGUCGCCUCAUCAGAUCCUCGCGCCGGCUGUUGCCGCUGCCGCCGCCUCCACCGCCGCCGACAUGGCCUCCGUCGCGGCGUCGUCGUCGGUCGCGGGCGGCCUGGCGGCUCGCGUCCCCGAGCCCAAGAGCCAGAAGCUCAAGAAGAAGAAGAUCCUGCUCAUGGGCAAGAGCGGGUCGGGAAAGUCCAGCAUGCGGUCAAUCAUCUUCAGCAAUUACCUGGCCAAGGACACGCGGAGACUCGGCGCUACUAUUGAUAUCGACCUGUCUCACGUCAAGUUCCUGGGCAACCUGCAGCUGAACCUUUGGGACUGUGGCGGGCAGGAGGCAUUUAUGGAGAACUACCUGUCGCAGCAACGCCAGCACGUCUUCAACCAUGUCGGCGUCAUGAUAUACGUCUUCGACAUCGAGUCGCGCGACGUCGACCGCGACAUGGCCACCUACGUCACCAUCCUCUCGGGCCUGAUGCAGUACUCGCCCUCGGCCAAGAUCUUCGUCCUCAUCCACAAGAUGGACCUGAUCCCCAACCAGACCAAGGAGGCCGUCUUCGUCGAGCGCGUCGCCCUCAUCCGCCAGCGCACCGCCGAGUAUAUCGCCAGCGCGGGCGUCGUCCUGCCCCAGCCGCACCACCCGGGUGGCUCGGGCGGGCUCGACCUGACGCCCUUCGCCACCAGCAUCUGGGACCAGUCGCUCUACAAGGCCUGGUCCGAGAUCAUCCACGACCUGAUCCCCAGCCUCUCGCUCAUCGAGGAGCACCUCGAGAAGCUGGGUCGCCUGAUCCAGGCCGAGGAGAUCCAGCUGUUCGAGCGCACCUCGUUCCUGGUCGUGUCCUCGUGGGUCUCCGAGAUCGGGUCCAUGAACCCGUUCCAGGACCGCCAGGAGCGCCUCAGCAACAUCCUCAAGGCCUACAAGUCGUCCCUGUCAAAGUACACGGGCACGCCCCGCAACUCGGAGCAGUUCAAGGACUUUGAGCUCAAGGUCGGCACCCGCUUCAGCCUCUUCAUCACAAAGUUCACCACAAACACCUAUAUCCUCUGCUGCCUCCCGCCCGGUGAGGCCCUCUACAACUCGGCCAAGAUGAACGUCAAGAUCGCCGCCCGCCUCUUCGAGGGCCUCGACAACCCCGCCGCCGCUUCCGCCGCCACUCCCAAGGCCUCCGUCACCGCCGCUGCCGGGGCGGGCGCCGGUGGCAACACUGACUCCUCGGCUGCGGGCGCUAUCGGGGCCGAAGCUUGAGUAUUUUGACAUCAUCUCGCUCGGAUAACUUGCUCGGGUCAAAUAACGCGCAUCCAUUUGCAUUUAUUGUGCUUAUUUUGAAACAGAGGGAAAAUGGCAGACCUUUAACCCAAUGUAUACUUUACGGACCUAGGGAUUUUCUGAUACCCACUUGCUUGGCUUCUGAUGGAUGUACAAGCCGCACUUCCAAUAUGGAUGCGAUUCUGGCAGCCUUGUGUGCCACUCACUUGCAAUGGAAGACACAUAAUUGUGACUUUUCGUGAAGCG